CGCAUCGGUCGGUGCACCUUCAUCACACGACCGUCCAAAGUUAAUCAUCUGCACGAUGAAGACUUCUCUUUUCCUACCGGCUCUAGCUGGCAUCGCCGCGGCACAGUUUCCGCCGAAGUUAGAGGGUGUCAAGACGGUCAACUCCAAGCAUCACCCUGGCGUAAAGAUCUCAUAUAAAGAGCCUGGAAUAUGUGAAACAACACCUGGAGUGAAAUCUUACGCUGGCCAUGUUCACCUCCCAGCAGGCUACCUAGAGGAUGCUGCCAGCGACUAUCCUGUCAACACAUUCUUCUGGUUCUUCGAAGCGCGCAAGGAUCCCAAGAAUGCUCCGCUGUCCAUCUGGCUCAACGGUGGUCCAGGCAGUUCCUCUAUGUUCGGUCUCUUGUCCGAGAAUGGCCCAUGCUUGAUCAAUGCCGAUUCAGCUACAUCCAGGCUCAACCCAUGGUCUUGGAACAAUGAAGUCAAUAUGCUCUAUAUUGAUGAGCCAACACAAGUUGGAUUUUCUUACGAUGUUGCUACCAACUGCACGUAUCAGCUCGCAGGCGAAAACCGCGGCACAAAGCCCGCAGACUUCUUAGAUGGCGUACCAGCUACCAAUCUUACGCACCGCGUCGGUACAUUUUCCAGCCAGGAUAUACAGGCGACGGCCAACAAUACCCAGCAUGCUGCCCAUGCCAUGUGGCACUUUGCGCAGACCUUCUUCUCUGAGUUCCCGGAGUACAAGCCCAACGAUGACCGCAUCAGCCUCUGGGCCGAGAGCUAUGGUGGCCACUACGGCCCGCGCUUCAUGAGCUUCUUCCAGCAGCAAAACGAAAAGAUUGCCAAUGGCACUCUGGAUGAUAAGCAUGCUCAUUACCUACACCUCGAUACCCUUGGUAUUGUCAACGGCAUCAUGGAUCAGGAGAUUCAGAACCCGUCCUACAUCUCUUUCCCUUACAACAAUACCUACGGGAUCCAAGUAUUCAACCAGUCCCUCUACGAGGAGUUGAUGCACAACUUUACGAAGCCUGAGGGCUGUAAAGACCAGUAUAUCCGGUGCCGUAAGAAUCUUGAAGAGGAAAACAGGCGUAAUGGUUACGCUACUAUUGCGUCAUCCAAGGCCCUAUGCGAUAUUGCCGACUGGUGCGACGAGCCUGCAGAGACAAUCUACCAGUCACGAGACUUUGGAUGGCUGGAUAUUGCCAACCCUCACGCCGAGCCCUUCCCUCCCCCAUACCUCAAUGGAUACCUCACGCAAAGCGACGUUUUACAAGCGUUGGGAUCGCCAGUCAACUUUACUGCCUCUUCCCGUGCUGUGAGCAAGGCUUUCCACAAUGCAUUUGACGCCUAUGAGGGUGGUUUCCUCGACGCGAUUGGAUACCUACUCGACAGCGGAGUCAAGGUACAUAUGAUGUAUGGUGAUAGGGACUAUGCAUGCAGCUGGGUUGGUGGCGAAGCGGCCUCACUUGAGGUUCCAUACAAAAGGAUUGAGGACUUCCGUAGUGCCGGUUAUGUUGAACUAUUGACGAGCGCAGGCGAGUUCAAGGGCAUGACUCGCCAACACGGAAACUACAGCUUCACCCGCGUCUUUCAGUCGGGCCAUCUUGUUCCAGCAUACCAGCCCGAAGCAGCGUACGACAUUUUUAUGCGCUCGCUCUUCAACAAGGAUAUUGCCACGGGCCAGAUGGAAGUGAGAGAUGACCUCCAGACUUCUGGACCAAGCAGUACCUGGCAUAUUAAGCAAGAGGCGCCGUCCAAGCCCAAGCCCAAGUGCUAUAUUUUGGCGCCUGAAUCGUGCACUCCGGAAGUUUGGGUCAAGGUUGUCGAUGGCACAGCAACAGUCAAUGACUUUUUGGUGGUGGAUUCUACAGAAGAAAAUGAUGAGCUGUAAAGAUGGAGACUUAUAAGAUAUAGUCUUGGAACUCUUAAGACGUAGACUCCGUAUCCGAUGAAUGGCAGAGAUUAUGCACUCAACGACGAAUAUAUAUUUUCCUCGGAGCAUCUACAGGUAUAUCUUACUCAUAAAAUAUACAUAUUUAUAUAU